GUUGCCACCCUUAGGGAUAACACAAUUCCAAACCAACUGGAUAAUAAUUGAAAUAAGAAUGAGAACUUGAUCCAUCAAGUGCACACGAGACGACAACACAGAUUCACAGAUACGUAAGGGUGUGGCCAAAUCAUGUCGUUGUGGUGCUCCCCCUCCAACUUUCUUCCCCGUUCUUCAUCUUCUCCCAAUUGCAUUGGCUUAGCAACUCCAAUUCUCUUCUCCUCAGACUUCAAACCUCUCCAAGUUCCCUCCCCUUCCCAGAGAUUCAGAGUUGCAGCUAAAUCAAACUCGGGCACGGAGCCGUCUCCCCCCACAAACACAAGCUUUCUCGCUUUUCUAUGUCCUCUGCUCAAGCUUUUCUCUGGAGGAGAUCCUUCUAAACAACGCAAUUUCACUUUCGAGGUGGCAACAUCUUCCUUGGCUACCCUCUCAAGAUUUCCAUGGGGAACAAAAUCCAAACGUCACACUUCACUCAACACUCCCAUCACCUCAAAUCUUCCUGUUAAUCUGCAGCUUUUUGAAUUUGAGGCAUGCCCCUUUUGUAGAAGGGUACGGGAGGCCUUGACUGAACUAGAUCUUUCUGUGGAGGUUUAUCCUUGUCCUAAGGGUUCUGUAAGACACAGAGAGGUGGUAAGAAGAACUGGUGGCAAAGAGCAGUUUCCUUUCCUCAUUGAUCAAAAUUGUGGUGUUUCUAUGUAUGAAAGUGGUGAUAUCGUGAAAUACUUGUUUGAGCGAUAUGGAGAAGGUAGAAGUCCAUCAUUGGGUUUACUGGAGAGCACUAUUUUUACUGGAUGGAUGCCAACAAUACUUCGAGCAGGUAGGGGAAUGACCCUUUGGGAACGUUCCAGGCUUGACAUUCCUCCAGGGAAGUUGGAGCUCUUCUCAUACGAAAAUAAUCCAUAUGCACGAAUUGUUCGUGAGGCAUUGUGUGAAUUGGAACUUCCUUACACUCUACAAAAUGUUGGAGAAGGAUCUCGUCAGAUUAAGUUACUUUUGGAUGCUUCCGGAUCUAAAGAGGUCAGAUUUAGAUCAACAAAAUUGCUUACCAGUUUAACUGAAAUUAGAUCCGUAUGCUUCCAGAUACGUUGGUUGUUUGUUCAAAAUUGGAAAUUGAAGUUUUACAGUGGGUUUGCUGCCCUAUAGGGCUAUACCAUUAGCGUGGACGACCUUAAGCAAGUAGGUGGUUAUGUCCAAUAAUGAAAAUAUAUAUAUAUAUUGACAACAGAACACAAAAUGGUAAGAAGGAAGAUUGCAAAAGAUUUUUAAUUUCUCUCUACUCAAAUAUGAAAAUUGUCUUUUACAGGUUCCUUACAUGAUUGAUCACAAUACUGGAUUUCAAUCUGGGGACUAUAAGAUGAUCCUAUCUUAUUUGUUUGAAACCUAUUCCACAGCUAUUGUAUGAUUUCCACUCUCUGUAGCCGAAGAAUUUCGUGCUUUGGAUUGGAAUCACUAUUCACCAACAAGCCUGUGCAGAGGUCCAG